UGCCGUACAGCAGGAGGAGGGACGAUAAAGCAUGUUGCGCAGUCUUGAAAUACAGUCUAUGGUUGCGCACUUGUGAGGAAGCAUCAUCACAACACAAGAGGAAUCUGUCAUAGCUAGCUAACCGCUGCACAACUUAUACGUUAUCCAAGAAGGGACUCAGAAUGGCUUUAGCAGACGCAGAGAGCGGCUCCUGCGGUGGUGAUGGGGCAGAGUCCGAGCCCCUGGUCACGGCGUGUGUCCUGGACGGCUUCAGCAAGAAAGACGAGACCUGGGCCCUCAUCUCCAGUCUGCCGGAAGUCCACGGGGACAUGACAUCCACAGAGUUCACCACUCAAAAGUUCCUAGUGAUCAUGGACGGGCAUCAGCCACAGCCUCAUCUGCUGGACCCACAUCUAGAAUGGAUGUUGAAUAUGCUCCUGGAUUUUGUGAGGAGUGAAAAGUCUCCAUCUUCACUGGUUCACCUGAGCUUCAAGUUUCUCUACAUCAUCUCUAAGGUUAGAGGCUAUAAAGUCUUCAUGCAGCUUCUUCCACAUGAGGUUGCUGAUCUCCAGCCAGUCCUGGACUUGCUGUCCAAACAGGAUCCCACAGACAAUGAGACUUGGGAAACUCGCUACAUGCUGUUGUUAUGGCUUUCCAUGACCUGCCUCAUUCCCUUUGACCUUUCUCGUCUGGAUGGCAAUCUGGAGUCAGACGGUGAAAAGCCCAGAGAGUCCACUAUGGAGCGGAUUCUAGCUAUUGCAAAGUCUUAUCUAACCGUCAAUGAUAGUUCCAGGGAUGCUGCAAGCGUCCUGGUAUCAAAGUUCAUGACGCGCCCCGAUGUGCAACAGAAGUGUCUCGGAGAGUUUUUGGACUGGAGCCUCACCACUAUAUCCCAGACCAAUGGCGAAUUACUGAAUGACAUUAGGUUGUUGAAUGGUGUUCUGGAGUCUCUGGCAAAGCUUUUCAAACAUGGGAAACGAGAUGACCUACUCCAGUAUGCUCCUACAGUCCUGCAGUGUCUGGAGCAGAGACACAUGUCGGAGAGCAGCCAGGCCAUGCUGAGGAAGCUUAGUGUCAAACUAAUCCAGAGACUUGGCCUCACCUUCCUGAAGCCACGUUUGGCUGCUUGGCGUUACCAGAGGGGCAGCCGCUCCCUCGCUGCAAACCUUUCCAUGCCCCAAUCUGCUUCAGCUACUGAUGCUCUAACUCCUCAUGUGGACACACAGGAACAGGAAGAAGACUAUGAUAUACCUGGAGAAGUAGAAAGUGUUAUUGAGCAUCUGCUGGGGGGACUUAAAGAUAAGGAAACCAUUGUGCGGUGGUCUGCGGCAAAGGGCAUUGGGAGGGUGACUGGGAGGCUUCCCAGAGAGCUGGCAGACGAGGUUGUUGGAUCGUUGCUGGAUUGCUUCAGCUUUCAGGAAACCGACAUGGCUUGGCACGGAGGCUGCCUGGCCUUGGCAGAGCUUAGCAGAAGAGGCCUGCUGCUGCCAUCCAGACUGACAGAGGUCGUGCCACUCAUCAUCAAGUCCCUGACCUAUGACGAGAAGAGGGGAGCGUGCAGCGUUGGUUCCAACGUGCGGGACGCUGCCUGCUACGUGUGCUGGUCUUUCGCCAGAGCUUAUGAGCCCAAAGACCUCCACCUGUUUGUCAAUCAGAUUGCCAGUGCUUUGCUGAUCACUGCAGUGUUUGAUCGAAAUGUCAACUGCCGCAGAGCCGCCUCUGCUGCCUUCCAGGAGAAUGUCGGCAGACAGGGAACUUUCCCUCAUGGUAUUGAGAUUGUAACUGCAGCAGACUACUAUGCUGUUGGAAAUCUCAACAAUUGUUUUCUCAACAUCAGUGUUUACAUCGCUAGUUUCCCGGAGUACACCAAUGCCAUGAUCGACCAUUUAAUAGCCAUGAAGACCAACCACUGGGAUGGUGUGAUCCGAGAGCUUGCGAGCAAAGCGCUCCACAACCUGACGCCUCAAGCGCCCGAUUAUAUGGCAACAACAGUUCUGCCGCAGCUGUUGACCAUGGCAGUGGGUACUGACCUCCACAGUCGCCAUGGAGCCAUCCUGUCAUGUGCAGAGAUCACACAUGCUCUGUACAAUCUGGGCCUUAAGACCGACAGAACUGUGGUGGACAUGAUUUCUUCAGAAUGUGUUGAUGCAUUCAAAAACAUUCACCAAAAGCUACAGGACAGAAAACAGUACAGGGGGUUUGGUGGAGAACUAAUGAGGCCAGCAAUGUGCACCCUCAUAAAAAAUCUGUCCCUGUCCAAAAUGCCAUUUAAGAACGACCCUGUAAUCACUGACUGGCAGUGGCUCAUUGAUGACACCAUAAAAAACCUUCAUCUGGUUUCCACUGGAGUGAAGGAUGGGAUUAUGGUUGCACUGUUAGCAGCUUUCUCUGCCUUGUGUGCGGAAUACUACGAGGUCGAGGCAGGGCAGGCUGACUCACAAAUCCAGGAUGUCCUGGUAUCUCAGUACAUUGAGUGGCUGAAGAGUCCGCAGAUGCUCACUCGCUGUGGAUCUGCCCUCACCCUCGGCAGUCUGCCAAGAUUUAUGAUCCAUGGCAAACUGAAGCAGAUCUUUGAAGGCCUCCAGCAGAUGUGCACUGUCAGCCAGAAGGAAGGGAAAUUUACAGAGGCGAGGAGAGAUGCGGUCACAGCAAUUGCUCAAGUGUGUGUGACGGUGGGUGUUUGUGCCCACGGCUCCCCAGACUCUACUCUAUGUUCGGAAAAUGUAGCCCAGGUGUAUGACACGCUGCUGGAGAGCAUCAAUGACUACACAACAGACGGCAGAGGGAACAUCGGGGCCUGGGUGAGAGAGGCAGCAAUGACCAGUCUGAUGGAUGUGACUCUGCUGGUGGCCAGCAGUUCUCCAGAGAUCCUUUCACCAGACAUAGUGAAGUGCAUGAUGUGCGGCCUGGCCAAGCAGGCAGCAGAGAAGAUUGAUCGAUACAGAGCCCACGCUGGCGUCAUCUUCCUGCGCCUCCUUCACAGCACAGAGCCUGCAGUUCCUCACAUUCCCCACCAGGAAGAGCUGUUGAAGAUUUUCCCUGUAGAGACCACUACCAGUCUGAACUGGAAUGCUCCAUCCCAAGCUUUCCUGUAUAUCACCCAGCUGCUUGCACUCCCUCAGUAUCAGUACCACACCCUGCUCGGGCUCACCGCGUCUGUGGGAGGGAUCACCGAGUCCACAGUGCAGUUUUCUUCCAAGUCCUUGUUCAGUUAUAUGAAAGGGAUCCAGGACAAUGAUGCUGCUCUGACACAGUUUGGAGAUACUUUGCUGACUAUCUUAAGAGACAAUCUCCACAAUUGCAGGGUGACUAUUUCUUCUCUUAAGAUGCUCAAUCAGAUGCUCUCUAACAACUGCUUUGAAAUCUUCACAACACAAGAGAAUCAUCGUUUCUGUGUGGAAACCUUGGCUCUCUGCAAAGAGUUUAAGAAGUCCAAGGAUAUUUCGAAGCUGUCCGCCUGCGUGGCUGUCUUCUGUGGGCUGAUCCAGUUCCAGGGGGAAGUGAGGAAGAAAGUUUUGUCCCAGCUGCUGAUGAUGCUCUGCCAUUCCUUCCCUGUGAUAAGAAAGAAGACAGCAAGCCAAAUGUAUGAGAUGGUGCUGACCUAUGAUGAUGUCAUCGAUCCAGAGGUGCUGGAUGAUGUCAUGACCCUGCUGAGUGAUACUAAUUGGGAAAGUGACCUCGCCACAGUGCGGACUCACAGGAAUCAGCUUUGUGACUGGUUGGGGGUCCCCAGGCCACAGGUGGUUACCAAGCAGAGCCCGGUCCAGGGCCCCUGAUCUCCCAUGCCUGUGAAAACAGAAAACUGUCGGUGGACGAAGAACUGUCGAAAAUUGCAAUCAUACUGAGAAAGCAGCCCUCCUUAAAAUAACACAACAUGACAUUAAACGGAUGAAAACAUAA